UGCAUUGACAGUGAAAGCAGUGGUCGUAUGAGUGGACGAGUAGUGAGUGAUUGGAACAUAACUGCAAUGAGUAGUGAAUGAGUGACCCAUUGGUGACACUCUGACAGUGACUGACAGUUCGUGCGACACAAACAUGUGGUCCGUGAAGAUCCCGAAGGAGUUUCUCGACCGCAAGCAUCUCAUCAGCAAUAAAGCGUACAAAAAACUGAUUCGCGAAGAGAAGAAGCGACAGCUCGCAGAGGAAUACCUUCGAGGCUAUGGUAUCGCAAAUGUGGAUCAAUUGCUGCAGAAAUUUCUGCCCAAACCACUGGUGCUCGAGGAGGAGGUGCUCAUCACCCACAGGGACGUCGGCAUCGACUGCACCCUCGAGUGUCAUCGCAAGGAUCUCGUGUUUGAGGCCAUCGUGGAUGGGGUGAGGGAUGCGGACGACGAGCGCCGGGAUGAAGAACUCGGAGCAGAGGAGCGCAGGAAUAGAGUGGUGGAGGGGGAGGGGGAGGAGGGGUGCAAGUCGUGGACCCAUUUGGCGCUCUGCAACCAACUGAAGGCCACUUUCGGGGCACUGAAGCACGAGUUGAAGCGCUCUCGACGUGAGGAACGAUUCUGGAGGAAGAGGUUGAAGAGCGUGGAGAAGAAGUUCGAGAGGAGUGUGAAGAGCGUGAAGAGGAGGCGCUGGUGUGUGGUCUGUAGGGGCGUCGCGAACAAGCAAUACAAGUGUUGUGCAAAAGGAUAUUACUGUGGAUUCGUUCACCGAUUGGGACAUAAACUGCAUUUCAUUGACUGCCAGAACAAGAAACCCAAGAAGACUAUGAAGGCAUUCGUAAGACAACCCUUCCGUCGGAUGCGUGGAAAACCCAAAAUAGUGGUAAGAGAUGGUCACAUAAUCUUCGAGACGGCGCGCAAUAAGAACAUUACGUUCAGAUCCAAUGGCGGCGGAAGGAUCACAGUUGACGGACAGGAUAUGACCAGAAUCGCAGAGUUGGCCAAAGGGGCGAGUCUUGACGCGAAUCCCAUCACCGGUUCAAAGGUCACUCAAAUGCAAGAGAGUUUGGAUCAGUUGAAGACACAGUACUCUAAUUUAGUGAAUACUGUGGUCGAGAUGAGGGUCCAACAGACGGCCUUCAAUGACAGCACCAAUAAAAUUAAUCAAAUCCUCGGCACCGGUAGUAACGCACUGUCGCCGGCAACUGUUCGCAGAGCACUUCGAAAGAUUCAACGAAUCGAUAGUUCCCUCAAUCGGUUAACUCAACUAUUGGAAAAGGAUGAGUGCGCCAGUAAUCCAUGCAGAAAUGGUGGCACAUGUAUUGAUACAUACAACGGAUUCAUUUGCAAGUGUCCGUCCACUUGGGAGGGAGUGACGUGUGAGACGGAUGUGAACGAGUGUUUGCGGUUUGUGGGCACAGAGUUGGGCUGUCAGAAUGAGGCCACCUGUGAGAACACCCCCGGAAGCUAUCGGUGCAACUGUAAGGCCAACUGGUAUGGCAUUCACUGCACUGAACAACACGAUGACUGCUCGUCGGCCUCUAACGAAGCCCUUUGCGGUCACGGGACGUGUCUUAACCAACAGAGACAUAUCGCCGGUUUACCCAAUUAUCGGUGCAUUUGUGAUCAGGGUUGGACUUUUAAUGCUAACAGUCCAGCCUGUGUUGUAGACAUAGACGAGUGCACAGAUAAAAGGCCUCAUUGCUCAGCAAACCCGCCGGUCACGUGCAUAAAUCUGCCUGGCACUUUUUAUUGCGGUCCCUGUCCUCCUGGGUUUACUGGAAAUGGCUAUUAUUGUCAUGACAUCAAUGAAUGCGAGACAAACAACGGCGGCUGUUCUCAGUCACCACGAGUUCAAUGCGUUAAUACUGUCGGCUCAAGAAUAUGCUCUUCGUGUCCGCCCGGAUAUAACGGGAACGGCAUAACUUGUGAAUUUGUGGGCACCUGUCGUAUGAACAAUGGUGGGUGUCAUCCCUCUGCCCAAUGCUUUGAAAAUAUGGCCAUUUCUUCGGCGUUCAGAGAGUGCAGGUGUCCGGCCGGUUAUGUGGGCAGUGGUGUUGGACCUAAUGGCUGUGUCGCCCAGAGUGGAACCAAUUGCAAUAGUAGUCCUUGCGUUCAUGGCUCAUGUAUCACAAGCGGAAAUACCUUUUCAUGUAUUUGUAGUCAAGGAUAUACGGGAACUCUUUGCGACCAAGAAAUCAACGAAUGUCUACCUAAUCCGUGCCAAAACGGGGGCACCUGUACUGACCAACAAAAUGGAUUUCUAUGUGUUUGUACCGAUCGAUGGCAGGGAAAUACAUGUUCAGAUCCGCGACAGACAUGUGGCGGUGCUUUGAAUGCAGAAGCGGGAUCUCUGAGUUUCCCGAGCGAUAUCUAUACCAGUUAUCCGAAUCGAGUCAGUUGUGCCUGGAUUAUGACCACAACUGUAGGCAAAGUCCUAAAUGUAACGUUUCGUUCGUUUAAUGUCGAGUCGACGGUUGACUGUUCUUAUGAUUUCCUGCAAAUACAUGACGGCCCUAAUGCCGGCGCUCACAAUUUGGGUCGUUUUUGUGGCAACAACUUACCCAAAGGGGGAAACAUAAUCACAACUCAUCAUCAAAUGUAUUUGUGGUUUAAAUCCGAUCAUUCAGUUACACACGAAGGCUUCCGUUUGGAGUGGAAUACAACUGAUCCAGUUUGCGGCGGAGAGCUGGCAGAGAAAGAAUAUGGAUCAUUCAAUUCUCCUGGUUAUCCCGGUAAAUACGCCCACAAUAGGGAUUGUUAUUGGUUAGUACGGGUGCCAUUGGGUAAACGAAUACAGUUCCACUUCGCAACUCUUCAAAUCGAGACACAUCCAGACUGUGGUUAUGAUUAUUUGGAGGUAUUUGAUGGGCAACGAGAUGCCGACGCACUUCUUGGGAAGUUCUGCAACUCAUCGACACCUCCACCACUGAUAAGCUCCGGUUCCUAUGCGUUGAUGCACUUCCAUUCAGACGACUCUAUGACAGACAAUGGCUUUCAUAUAACAUAUGCUUCAGUGCCGGGAAUACCCGGUUGUGGCGGAACACUCACUGCAGAGAAGGGAUCGUUGAGUUCCCCUAAUUUUCCCGACAAAUACGAGAAUAAUGUGAACUGCGAUUGGAUUAUAAGAGUUCAUCCGUUGGAGAGAAUUGAGAUUAAAUUCACCAUUUUUGACCUAGAACAUCACAGUAAAUGUAAUUAUGAUUACUUGGAGGUAAGGGAGGGCGACAACAGUGAAGCGCCGCUCAUCAACAGACUCUGCGGCCAAGAUAUGCCCCGACCUGUCGUUUCCAAAGCAAAUAAAUUGUGGAUUAAAUUCAGAGCUGAUUCCUCUUUUACGGGACAAGGAUUUCGAGCUGAAUAUUCGACAGUUUGUGGCGGACUGUACACGGGCGUUUUCACACAAAAUCACGGCUCAAUCGCGACCCCCAAUCAUCCAAACUUUUAUCCGCAUUCAUCCAACUGUUCCUGGCUUAUAAGGACAGACGUGGGGUUUGUUAUUAGACUCACGUUUACAGUGUUUGCACUCGAAGACCAUCGCACCUGUCGUUAUGAUUAUGUUGAGGUCAGGGAUUCAAAUUAUGCACUAAUUGGCAGAUAUUGUGGCAGUCGACUGCCUCCGGCCCUCACCUCUACCGGCAAUCAAUUGUUUGUCGUCUUCAAGUCUGACCGCCGGAGAGCACAGGAAGGGUUUGCGGCCGCGUAUUCUUUCCUCGAUGUCACCCAUUCUUGUGGCGGAAAUUUCUUCACCGAUUCCGGAACCAUCAGAUCUCCCGGUUAUCCAAAUGUUAAUUAUCCGCCACAAAGAGAUUGUGUUUGGCUUCUGGAAGUAGAUAACGGACGACAAAUAGUUCUCAAUGUCACACAUUUUGAACUCGAAGGCGGUUCCGGUUGUCGUUAUGAUUACCUGGAGAUCAGAAACGGAAGAGAAGAGAGGUCUCCACUAAUCGGCAAUUUCUGCGGACAAACAAUUCCUCAGACAAUUACAUCACAUGGACACGUUUUAUAUCUUCGCUUCAAAUCUGACGGAUCAAUGAGUGCCAAAGGCUUUGAGAUAACCUACGACAGCGGAACUACUGGCUGUGGAGGUAUUCUCACCACUCAGUCGGGAUCUAUUGAAAGUCCUGGAUAUCCGCAACCAUACGGACACAACGCGGAGUGUGUUUGGUUGAUAUCUGUGUCCAAAGGGUCGACCAUUGCUCUAACUAUGCCUGAUAUAGACAUCGAGGCCCACAGUGUCUGUCGCUUUGAUUAUCUCGAAGUAUUUGACGGCAACACUGAUCGGUCGCCUUCUUUGGGCAAAUAUUGCAACACUCGACUCAUUCCGCACUUCAUUCAAUCGAAAUCUAAUGUUUUGUAUUUGAAGUUCAAAACCGAUACAUCAGAAACUGGCCGCGGAUUUCGAGUUAAUUACCGAAUCAAUUGCACGAAUACUGUUUCCGGUUAUAGGGGUGUCAUUGAAAGUCCGAAUUAUCCUGAGGUAUAUAACCAUAACGCCAACUGCACGUGGCGUAUAAAAGCACCCCGGGGCAACAACAUUACCAUUGCUUUCUCCAGACUUUUCAUCGAACCAGACCUAAACUGUCAGUUUGAUUACCUCAAAGUGUCCAACUACAACCCCGAUAACAACAAUUUGACACAAAUCGCCAAAUAUUGCGGGACAGGCAACCAAUUGCCCGCACCUUUCAAUACGACAUCCAGCGAUGCAAUUAUUAAUUUUGUGAGCGAUAGCUCUGUAGCCCAUAUAGGGUUCAGACUGGAAUGGGUUAGUGUUGGCUGUGGCGGUGACUUCAUUAACAAACUGUCCGGUGAAAUAACUUCACCCAACUAUCCCAACGGGUAUCCACACAAUACGGAAUGUCUUUGGCACAUACAGGCGUCCUCUGGAUUUGCAAUACAGCUCACUCUACAAACUUUCGAUGUUGAGGGUGACAGUGGAUGUAAUUUCGAUUAUAUGGAUAUUUAUGGCGGUCCUGACGAGACAUCACCAUUGCUUUUACAUCAGUGCCAUCGACUAUCAGAUCCUAAAACUUAUACAUCAAUGGGUCAGUCGAUGACCAUUAAGUUUAGAACUGAUUGGUCGGUUAGAGGCAGAGGAUUUAUGGCAACAUUUCAAGUGAUUGGCGGUUCAUGUAGUGGUCGGUUCACCACAGAGACGGGAACAAUAACUUCACCCAAUCAUCCGAUAAAUUUUGACCCCAGAGAUGAUUGUGAAUACAAUAUUGAAGUGAAAGGUCUUCACGACAUUGAACUCACUAUCGAAGAUUUAGACAUACAAUCCGAUAUCAACUGUACUGAAGCUUAUUUAGCAGUGUUUGACGGCUCACCUUCUGAGCCACUUUUAGCUAAAUAUUGUGGAAGUGUUGUUCCCACUGUUAAUACUGUGAGAAGUACUGGAAAUAAAGUUUAUAUGAGAAUGAAAGGCAAUGGAGUGAAAAGUGGCAAAGGAUUUAAAAUAUCGUACAAAACAAAGUGCGGCGGAAGGAAAGUAUUGAACGCCAACGAAGUGGGAGAACUAACUUCACCCAACUUUCCCCACCACUCCAUUGUGAACAUCAACUGUCACUGGACUCUAAUCGCGUCUAAGCCCGAAGAGCACAUUACCCUCACGUUUACCCGCAUCGAUAUAACUGAGUCCCAGAACUGUGACCUCCAUUACGUCGAAGUCAGAGACGGUGACUCCGGCGGUGGCACCGAUUUGGCCGCCUCUCCACUCAUUGGCAAAUACUGUGGCGAAAGAAUACCGGCGCCCAUCACAUCACAGGGCAAUUCACUUUAUAUAACCAACUCAUUCUGCGGCGGAAGGAAAGUAUUGAACUCCAACGAAGUGGGAGAACUAACUUCACCCAACUUUCCCCACCACUCCGUUGUGAACAUCAACUGUCACUGGACUCUAAUCGCGUCUAAGCCCGAAGAGCACAUUACCCUCACGUUUACCCGCAUCGAUAUAACUGAGUCCCAGAACUGUGACCUCCAUUACGUCGAAGUGAGAGACGGUGACUCCGGCGGUGGCACCGAUUUGGCCGCCUCUCCACUCAUUGGCAAAUACUGUGGCGAAAGAAUACCGGCGCCCAUCACAUCACAGGGCAAUUCACUUUAUAUAACCAACUCAUUCGGUCUCUUUAGGGCCACUUUCGCCACUUCCACGUCAGUCUGUGGCGGCGACAUCACAUCACAAGAGGGCAUCUUUCAAUCACCCGAUUAUCCAAACAGUUAUCCAUUAGAAAGCGAGUGUAUUUGGAUAAUACGUUCGGCGCCCGGAAAUAGGGUUACCUUUAACUUCAUGUCAUUUAACUUAGAAGAGAGUGAAUACUGUAAUACAGAUUACGUUGAACUCAGGGAACGGGAAUCAAGUGGUCCGUUACUGGGCAGAUAUUGUGGUCGACAGGUGCCCACUUUGAAUUUCACAUCAACCCAUGUACUCUGGGUUAAAUUUCGAUCGGAUCAGUCGGGAACAGCGCCCGGAUUUCAGGCCUCAUAUGCUUUAGAGCACGGAAUAGAUGUGAUCGGCUCUACCGGAGAGAUCGCAUCUCCAGGUUAUCCUCACGACGUCAGGCCUCAAGAUGCAGUGUUUUCGUGGACCAUUACUGUGCCUCCAAAUAAAUAUAUAAGCAUUACUUUCACAGAAUUAGCCCUUUCCUCAUCAUCUGGUACUUGCAGUUCAUAUGUUGCUGUUAUGGAUGGCAUUGGAGAAGGGGCUCCAGAACUGGGCCGGUAUUGUGGUUACACAGCACCCGAUGCUGUUGUCGGAAUGCCCGGAAAGUUCUUUUUGGUGUGGAAUGCCGUCAAUGAGACGGUAGCCAUAUCUCUGAAGAAACCGUUGGUCACCUCAACGAGUAACACAUCAUUUGAUAUAAUGCUCAACAAAAACGCUACGUAUAGACUUACAAGUCCUGGAUAUCCUAACGGCUAUGGAAACAGACUGAACUAUAACUGGACUUUUCAGACUAUACAGUCAUAUCAUUUCAAGAUUAAUAUAACAAACUUCAAUCUCGGGGGCAGUAAUAGGAGUUGUUAUUACGAUAGAGUACAACUACUGGUGCCUCGAAACAGAUUGGCCUCCAUUUGGGCCACCAAUAAGACAAUAUGUGGCCGAUAUAGCGGAUCCAUAGAAUUGCCUAAAUUACAUAUAAUGAGAAUCAAUUUCUUGACGGAUUGGUAUUAUAACUCCACCGGAUUUGAUAUGACUAUAUAUCCUGCUUGUGGCGGAUUGUUAUACGGUUCCAGUGGCUACAUUAGCACCGAUGAUAUUGCUAAUGAAAUACAGUGCGAAUGGACUAUAAUAGUGAGACACGACCGCACCAUUCAAUUGACGUUUGAAUCGAUUAAUAUUGCGGACAAUAGUAACUGUCAGUACUCUUACUUAAUGUUGAAAAAUGGAGGCCGAAAAUGGUCACCCCCUCUGGGAGGGGGGCGCUAUUGUGGCCGAACUAUUCCAACCAUUCCUGAGAGCUCUUCUAAUCUAAUUAGGGUUGAGUUCUAUGCCCGAAGAGAUCUGCAUGCAGACUUCCGUUUGCGUUACAACGAAGUAUCGGUCGGUUGCGGUGAUUACAUAACCUUAACUCAAACCAAUAGAAGUAUUGAAAUAAUGUCUCCAAAUUACCCACAAUUACCACCGCAUAGACUGGAAUGCGAUUGGGUUAUCAUGAGUCCCACUAAUACUAACAUCAGAUUUGAUUUUGUCUUUCAUCAAAACCCUUCGUGGAGAUGUAAUAAAACGCUGGAGUUUGUAGAGAUAAGAGACGGCGGGACAGCCGUUUCCACUCUAAUCGACAAAUACUGUGUCCCGCCCUCACUGGCCAACACUAUCCGAAGUUCAGGCAAUUAUAUGUUCAUCCGAUUUGUUACGUCUAAUUCGGAACAGUUGGUCAACUUUAAGGCUAAGAUAGAAAUAAGCGAUUGCGGCGGUACUUAUGUGGUGCCAUACUUCCAGGAGCUCAGAGAUUACGUGGAGUUCCGAGAAGAGAGUCCUACCGGUGAACUCAUUGGACGCUAUUGUGGUCUACCACAAGUUCUGCCGUCAUAUUGCAUGUGGUAUAUGUUUGCACCGGCGGGUCGGAGUCUGAAAUUGACAUUUUUAGAUUAUAAUCUGAAAGUGGAUCCCAGAAAUGCCAGCAUUUGUUUGGAUCGGAUGAAGAUAAAUAAAGGCAGUUAUUCUUCAUCACAAUAUACACCUCCCUGUGGGACAACACUUCCCGAACCCAUUCAAACCCAGAGUCAUGUUUUGCUUCUUAGUCUUUACUCCUCGAGUUUGGCUGCGAGAGAGGGCUUUAAACUUGAAUACAGUGCUGAUGAAGAAGAGGUGUGCGGAGGACUCCUAUCUGGAAGUUCGGGUUCAAUCAGUUCAUAUAGAUUUGGAGAAUCAAAUUUCACGGACCAAAUAGAUUGUGUCUGGGAUAUAGACGUGCCAUCGGACAGCCCUAACUAUACGGUUGCCUUUAGUUUCGAUGUUUUUGAAAUACCUGAGACCCCGUCCUGUAGAAACAGUUCACUUCGAUUUGAAUAUUUUAAUAAUCGCUAUCGAUAUUUCUAUCACUUUUAUAACAAUUUUUGCGGAAAUAAGACCAAAGACGGGAAGAAAUUUGAAUUUUUUGCACCGAAUAAGGAACAGAAUUCGUACGGAUUUCCCAAACUAUUUCUGACCACAAACUAUAGCAACGGUUUUCGGGGAAUAAGUGGUAAAUACUUCAUCCAAGAGUGCGGUGGUUUCGUAUUUAAUCCGGACGGGGAGUACACUUCACCCAAUUAUCCCCAGAGUUUUCCCAUUGACUCGUACUGUGUUUGGGAUUUUUGGGUGGAUUGGGGCCAACAAAUGAGAAUCACUUUCACUGAUUUCAAUUUGGGUACCGAUUGUGAACGCGAUUACGUCCAGGUGUCACAGGGCUACUGGGCUGACUCGCCCACCACCGACAAGUACUGUGGAAAUACACGGUCUGCCAAGUUCUACAUGCAGGCCUUCCAUCUCGUGCCCACGCCUCCGGAAUACUACUUGGGUUACCGAGUUUAUCACGUGAACUUCACUUUCGUUGAUCGCUUUGACAUCGAAAAGACAGACAAUUGUGAUAACGAUUACAUCCUAUUUGAGGAACAGUUAACUACUGAUGACAACAAUUGGUCACAAAUUGGUAAAUAUUGUGGUCACGACAGACCGACUCAAUUCAAGUCCCGCACCAACAAAGUUAGGGUCACUUUUCAUACCAAUGAUAAUGUAAACGGCGAUGGAUUUAAACUCCUUUACCAAAUAGCGUGCGGAGAGGUGUAUACGGCACCGACCGGUGUCUUAAUGAGUCCUAAUUACCCGAAUAACUACAAUAACUUUAUUCGUUGCGAAUAUCUUAUUCUUCGCGGUCCUAAAGAUUAUAUUAGACUUGAAUUUGAAGAUGACUUUAAUGUUGAGUUUAAUAGAGAGUGUUAUUGGGAUGCCGUCGAUAUCUACUUAGGCAACAGUACCAGUGCCACACAUCAGGGCAAAUACUGUGGUAUAGAGAAACCACCUGUCACCAUUUCAAAUUCCGCACUUUUAGUUACCUUCAAAACUGAUUCAAGUUUUGUGACCAAAGGAUUCAAAGCCUCGUAUUCUGUAACUUCUUGUGGCGGUAAUUAUACGGACGACUCGGGAGAGAUAUAUAACCCUCCUUACGCUAAUUAUCGGAGCAUGAAUUGCAUCUGGCUCAUAACCGUCAGUGAUAAUCGUGUCAUUGAAUUGACGUUCAGUAAAAUCAGUUUCACAAACAGUUAUAACUGCUAUUACGAUAAGAUUGAGAUCAGAGACGGUGUCAAUAGUACAGCCCCUUUGAUUGGAAAGUAUUGCGAUACUAUCAGAGAUACAGGUGCUAUUGUCAAGUCUACCGGGAAUCAAUUGUGGGUCUAUUUCCGAUUGAGUGGCUAUUAUACAGCUCAAGUAGACAAUGGCUUUAGGUUUGGCUACAGAGCCACUCUGGGAGAGGACCAGGGGUGUGGGGGUGUCUUCCAUAAUGUCACUCAGGGCUACAUCGAGUCACCAGACAUUGACAACGACGGCAAGUAUGAACUGGAUCUCAAUUGUUGGUAUCACUUCAUUAUGCCUGAAGACAAAGUCGUGAAGUUUACCUUUGAAAAGAUGGAUCUCGAGGACAGUCCCGCGAAUGGCACCAAAUGUGCCUUUGAUUUCAUAGAAGUCAGAGACGGACUCUCACACAAGAGUCCACUAAUUGAUCGCUACUGCGGCACAACUCUUCCCAACCCUAUAAUCGGAUUCAAUUACCCGAAUGGAUAUCCGUCGGGAUUGCGCUGUAAAUGGCACUUCACUUUCGACCGAUGGACUUUCAGAUACUGGUCGAUCACUAUUCGCAUCAAAUUUAAUGAUUUGGACAUUAAUUGCAAUAAUAAUGACUACAUUGAGUUCACGGCCGACACCUACACUACUCAUAGAAUAGAACCGUACAGAAUGUGUGGCAUCAAAGCCCCGCCCGCUAUCGUCUCCAAGAGAGGGCUAUGGAUGACAUUUGUCACGAAUACAGUUCCCGCUGUUAAUCAUAAGGGCUUUUCACUAAACUAUACUUUCUCGGCCUGUAAUCAAACUUAUAGUGACGACUCCGGACUAAUAAUGAACACCAGAUAUCCAGAUUAUACCGAUACGUACCCAUAUAGACGAUAUUGUCGGAUGAAUAUUACGGCAAAAGUUGGCUCCACUAUUGCUCUAUAUUUUAAUGAUUUCAGAAUAUAUACGCCCGAAAACAGAUUGGGAUGUCCUUACGGUAAUAUGACUGUUAGGGACGGCAUAGACGCAAAUUCGCCUACACUUAAGACAUUGUGCGGAAACUCAGUGCCCGACCCUAUCUUCUCGACUGGCAAUAAAGUAUCCAUCGAUUUGUUGGGCUAUAGUUCAAAGUUCUUCAUUUCGUACACAACUACAAGUGCUGGUCGUGGAUGUGGUGGGAACCUGACCUCAUUCAACGGCACAUUCACGAGUCCUUUAUACCCGAUGCCAUACAACAGGAGCACUGAAUGCAAAUGGUUUGUCCACUCGUUUGGAUUGCAUUCACUGACCCUUACAUUCACUGACUUCUCGCUGUCGUCCACUAUUGGCUGCCAAACCAAUUAUGUUGAGGUCUAUGAGGGCACUCAAGACAUACCUACCAAUCGUCUCACUCGUAUUUGCGGUGAUGACAAUCCGUCGUCCAUCCGAAGUGAGGGAAAUGUAUUACUCGUCAAAUUAGUGACCCAUACCAACAACACUGGAACUGGAUUUAGAGCCAGAUUCCAUUUCAAUAGUCUCGGAAAAGGAUUUAAAUUAUCGGUUAAGACGUCUUAUACCAGAUGUGGUGCUACUAUUGAUAACGCGGUUAAUAAGGGGAUAAUAACGAGCCCUAACUUUCCAGAUGGUGUUCAAGACGGCAGUUAUUGCAUGUGGUAUAUGUUUGCACCGGUGGGUCGGAGUCUGAAAUUGACAUUUUUAGAUUAUAAUCUGAAAGUGGAUCCCAGGAAUGCCAGCAUUUGUUUGGAUCGGAUAAAGAUAAAUAAAGGCAGUUAUCAUUCAUCACAAUAUACACCUCCAUGUGGGACAACACUUCCCGAACCCAUUCAAACCCAGAGUCAUGUUUUGCUUCUUAACCUUUACUCCGCGAGUUUGGCCGCGAGAGAAGGCUUUAAACUUGAAUACAGUGCUGAUGAAGAAGAGGUGUGCGGAGGACUCCUAUCUGGAAGUUCGGGUUCAAUCAGUUCAUAUAGAUUUGGAGAAUCAAAUUUCACGGACCAAAUAGAUUGUGUCUGGGAUGUAGACGUGCCAUCGGACAGCCCUAACUAUACCGUUGCCUUUAGUUUCGAUGUUUUUGAAAUACCUGAGACCCCGUCCUGUACAAACAGUUCACUUCGAUUUGAAUAUUUUAAUAAUCGCUAUCGAUAUUUCUAUUACUUUUAUAACAAUUUUUGCGGAAAUAAGACCAAAGACGGGAAGAAAUUUGAAUUUUUUGCACCGAAUAAGGAACAGAAUUCGUUCGGAUUUCCCAAACUAUUUCUCACCACAAACUAUAGCAACGGUUUUCGGGGAAUAAGUGGCAAAUACUUCAUCCAAGAGUGCGGAGGUUUCGUAUUUAAUCCGGACGGGGAAUACACUUCACCCAAUUAUCCCCAGAGUUAUCCCAUUGACUCGUACUGUGUUUGGGAUUUUCGGGUGGAUUGGGGCCAACAAAUGAGAAUCACUUUCACUGAUUUCAAUUUGGGUACCGAUUGUGAACGCGAUUACGUCCAGGUGUCACAGGGAUACUGGGCUGACUCGCCCACCACCGACAAGUACUGUGGAAAUACAGUGCCUCCAGAAAUACACUCAACGGUCAAUAAAAUGAAAGUUGUGUUCAAAGGGACAGCAAGUAGUAGUGGAAUCGCCAGACGGUUCAAGAUGUACGUCCGGAAGGUAGAGCACGGGUGCGGAGGCCUUAUGAUGAACCCAAUGGCUCACAUCCAGUCAUUAAACUAUGGCCAACGAUACGAUAACAACGUUGAGUGCAUUUGGACCAUACAAAUGCCCGUUAGUUAUCACGUGAACUUCACUUUCGUUGAUCGCUUUGACAUCGAAAAGACAGACAAUUGUGAUAACGAUUACAUCCUAUUUGAGGAACAGUUAACUACUGAUGACAACAAUUGGUCACAAAUUGGUAAAUAUUGUGGUCACGACAGACCGACUCAAUUCAAGUCCCGCACCAACAAAGUUAGGGUCACUUUUCAUACCAAUGAUAAUGUAAACGGCGAUGGAUUUAAACUCCUUUACCAAAUAGCGUGCGGNGUCGAUAUCUACUUAGGCAACAGUACCAGUGCCACACAUCAGGGCAAAUACUGUGGUAUAGAGAAACCACCUGUCACCAUUUCAAAUUCCGCACUUUUAGUUACCUUCAAAACUGAUUCAAGUUUUGUGACCAAAGGAUUCAAAGCCUCGUAUUCUGUAACUUCUUGUGGCGGUAAUUAUACGGACGACUCGGGAGAGAUAUAUAACCCUCCUUACGCUAAUUAUCGGAGCAUGAAUUGCAUCUGGCUCAUAACCGUCAGUGAUAAUCGUGUCAUUGAAUUGACGUUCAGUAAAAUCAGUUUCACAAACAGUUAUAACUGCUAUUACGAUAAGAUUGAGAUCAGAGACGGUGUCAAUAGUACAGCCCCUUUGAUUGGAAAGUAUUGCGAUACUAUCAGAGAUACAGGUGCUAUUGUCAAGUCUACCGGGAAUCAAUUGUGGGUCUAUUUCCGAUUGAGUGGCUAUUAUACAGCUCAAGUAGACAAUGGCUUUAGGUUUGGCUACAGAGCCACUCUGGGAGAGGACCAGGGGUGUGGGGGUGUCUUCCAUAAUGUCACUCAGGGCUACAUCGAGUCACCAGACAUUGACAACGACGGCAAGUAUGAACUGGAUCUCAAUUGUUGGUAUCACUUCAUUAUGCCUGAAGACAAAGUCGUGAAGUUUACCUUUGAAAAGAUGGAUCUCGAGGACAGUCCCGCGAAUGGCACCAAAUGUGCCUUUGAUUUCAUAGAAGUCAGAGACGGACUCUCACACAAGAGUCCACUAAUUGAUCGCUACUGCGGCACAACUCUUCCCAACCCUAUAAUCGGAUCAUCAAAUAAAUUGGUUCUUCAGUUCUUCUCCGACAGCCGUGAAGUGAAGACGGGAUUUAAGGUUAAGUAUGAGUCGAUCGACAGAAUAUGCGGCGGUUUCUUGAAUGCAACAAAUGUUACACAAAUGCUAUCGUCAGUCAAUUACCCCAAUGGAUAUCCGUCGGGAUUGCGCUGCAAAUGGCACUUCACUUUCGACCGACGGAUUUACAGCUACUGGUCGAUCACUAUUCGCAUCAAAUUUAAUGAUUUGGACAUUAAUUGCAAUAAUAAUGACUACAUUGAGUUCACGGCCGACACCUACACUACCCAUAGAAUAGAACCGUACAGAAUGUGUGGCAUCAAAGCCCCGCCCGCUAUCGUCUCCAAGAGAGGGCUAUGGAUGACAUUUGUCACGAAUACAGUUCCCGCUGUCAAUCAUAAGGGCUUUUCACUAAACUAUACUUUCUCGGCCUGUAAUCAAACUUAUAGUGACGACUCCGGACUAAUAAUUAACACCAGAUAUCCAGAUUAUACCUAUGCGUACAGUUACACACGAUUGUGUCGGAUGAAUAUUACGGCCAAAGUUGGCUCCACUAUUGCUCUCUAUUUUAAUGAUUUCAGAAUAUAUGCGUCCGAAAGCAGAAUGGGAUGUCCUUACGGUAAUAUGACUGUUAGGGACGGCAUAGACGCCAAUUCGCCCACACUUAAGACAUUGUGCGGAAACUCAGUGCCCGACCCUAUCUUCUCGACUGGCAAUAAAGUAUCCAUCGAUUUGUUGGGCUAUAGUUCAAAGUUCUUCAUUUCGUACACAACUACAAGUGCUGGUCGUGGAUGUGGAGGGAACCUGACCUCAUUCAACGGCACAUUCACGAGUCCUUUAUACCCGAUGCCAUACAACGGGAGCACUGAAUGCAAAUGGUUUGUCCACUCGUUUGGAUUGCAUUCACUGACCCUUACAUUCACUGACUUCUCGCUGUCGUCCACUAUUGGCUGCCAAACCAAUUAUGUUGAGGUCUAUGAGGGCACUCAAGACAUACCUACCAAUCGUCUCACUCGUAUUUGUGGUGAUGACAAUCCGUCGUCCAUCCGAAGUGAGGGAAAUGUAUUACUCGUCAAAUUAGUGACCCAUACCAACAACACUGGGCCUGGAUUUAGAGCCAGAUUCCAUUUCAAUAGUCUCGGUGCCUACAAAUAA